UCUCUUUUUAUUUUUCUUUUUUUUGACCCCAAUGAUGUUUAUGUCGGCUGUGUCCUUUUCCUUCAUGGUAUAACAAAAAUUGGGCUGCAACCAUUCAUUAAUUGAAUACCCCAAUUUGCUUUCUUGCAAAAGGAGGCGACCCUGAUUGGUUUUGUUGCAUGCAGUGAAGUUUCUGGAUUAUGGGUACCCGCAUAAUCCAAAAAGGUCUUACUUUUCAAAGGAUUGCCAGAGAAGGUCUAUUUUGCUGAUAGAGCAUUAAAAUCAUUCCCAGGAAGUGUUCAAGAAUAGGAAGCGCUAGAUUCCACACCCUCUAUUUUAUUAAUCCUUUGGUCUACAACAGAUGAGAUGUAAUAUAGAAGGUAUUGUGAUUUAUUGCAGACAGUUUCAUUGGUGUUUAGGGAGUGCUUCCAGUGUAUCAACUUAUCUUGUAGAGUAAUAAUUGCAGAAUGGAGUCUAAAGAAGCAGCAAGUGUUAUUUUAAAUUUGAUGGGUCUUGAUAAAGUGCCUAACCAACAUCCUGUCAGAGAUAAACAGAAAGUGCUCUCUGAGAAUUACCAGCAGAAAGUUGCUUCCAUUGGUGUCAGAAGGAAGCGUUCAUCUCAUCAGCAUCAUUCCUUCGGAAUGAAUACUAGUGAAAAGGACAAAUCUGAGGAUGUUUUAGAAGUGUUCAAAGCACUCAGGAGAAGUAAGCAUCAUAACCCAUCAAAAGGAAAUGGGAAAGAGAAUCCCGGUUCUAGCAAAAAUUCUCAGUUGGCUGAUGGGCUGCUCCAAGAGAUAGGUUAUCCUGAAAAGCAAUAUAGAAAGAAAAAAUCUAGUCAUAUGAAUUUUGGUAAGCCAAGUUCAAGAUCUUUCAGUAAAAUUUCAGAGGAGAUUUCUAUGCAAUCCGGAAAUGUUGCAAAUGGAGCUUUACAUAGUGCAUCAACUUCUUUUUUCAGAGGGAAUGAAGUUCUUUCCAAUGAUAUGCUGAAGCCUGCUUUAAAUAUUUCAGUUAAUGAGAUCCAAUUCAAUUUCCCAAUCUUCUGUUCAGAUGGUUCAUAUAUAGGCUCUCAAGCCAGGAGGAAAACUUUGGAACAGAGGGAUGUGACUGAAAAGGUUCAUGAACUUAGACCAUUUGGUCGAGACUGUAUACAUAGCCAAUUGCAUAUGAUCUGGGAAAAAGGGAAUGGAGCAAGAAAUUUGACACAUCAAAGGGGAUAUGGUAAUGUUAGAAUUAAGGCUGAUGAUAAUUAUAGCUUUGCUAGAAGAGUGCCAAGACCUCUUUGUUCAGCUUCAGCUCUUACUGAUAAUUGUGGAACUAUGAAUCAGGAUAUCUUGUUUCAUAGAUAUUGGGGUUUGAGAAAAAAUGCAUCCUCAAAUUGGUCAUCAUGGAACUCGAAGUAUCAAUAUAAUGGCCAGAAAGAAUGUUUAGAAGACGUGAACCUCAGUUCUGGGGGUGAGAAAUUCCCUUCCUUUUGCUCAUAUUUCAAUAGUGAUCAUACUGAAUUGCCAAGUUCUAGUUCUUCUCCCACCUUUAUAGACGAACAGAUGUUUCAAGAGAGAAACGUAAUGAAUGAUGAAGUGAAGAACAGAAAGUAUGAUGACAGUAAUAUGUGGAAGCAAAAUGUUGUGUCUCUUCACUCAUCAGUUGAAUUCUUGGUAUCUGAUGCAACAGCUGAGGUUGUUGACUGGACACAUAGUCCAACCGAACAUCAAUCUAAAUCAACAGCCUUCGUUUUGUCACAAGAAAUUGAUUGUUUGAAUCAUACUUCAUAUACCUCAAAGCAGCAGGAUAGAUCAGAUUUUAAUGAAGGUUCUGUUCAUUUGCUUUGCCACGAGGUUCACCCAGAUUCCCUUGGUAGCUCUGUGGAGUCAUAUGAACCAAGUCCAAUCUCUGUUUUGGAUCCCUUAUUUGGAGAAGACAUUCAAUUCGGCUAUAAAAGUGACGAUCAUAUAUAUGAUUCAUCUGAGGUGGAUGAUGAAGAAUGUGGUUUGAAUGUUUCAAGUGAUGAAGAUUGUGAGAAUGAAUAUGCACAUAACUCUCAAGAAAAGAAAGAAAUAGCAGGAUUAGUUAGAGCUGAAGAAAGUAGGGAUUUCUCAUACGCUGUUGAGGUUUUAACAGAGGCAAGUAUAUUUAAUAGGAACUUGUUUACAGACUUUUCUACAUGGCACUCUUCACAAUGUCCAAUUAGUCCUUCCGUCUUUGAAAAUCUGGAAAAGAAAUUUGGCCAACAACAGUUUUGGAGCAGAUCUGAAAGGAAACUGCUCUUUGAUCGCAUUAACAUUGGGUUGAUUCAGAUUCUUGAGCCAUGCUUAUUUGUUCCAAUGUGGGAAAAGUCAACAUCAAGAAGAUUGAAUGUUGAACUAAACCAGAACAUUAUUGAAGAUGAGAUGUGGGGGUUGCUUGUUGUGCAAGAAAAGAAAGCAAGUAAUGAGUAUGCAGACCAUACACUUGAAGGGAAGAUUAGAUGGACAGAACUAGUUGAAGAUGUUGAGGAUAUUGUUACAGAGAUAGUUAAUUUGGUAACAGAGGAGCUUGCAAACGAGAUAGUUCUCUCUGUAAAUUUUUGAAAGAUUGUAGUUGGGAGCGGCUAUUGCAUUUUUCUAUAUUAUGUUCAAUUGGUGUAUAGUUUCAUUGAGUGGAUUUUGAGAGGCUUAUGGAGUCAAUUUUGAGAAUUAGAAUUAGAAUUAGGACAUAGGACAUAGGUAUAGGUUUGAUAUUCUUUUACACGGAAAGAUGUUUUUCAUUUGUAUAAAAAAUUAUCAGUAUGUUGAUUUGAUUUUCAUUCUA